AUGUCUCUCCCAAUUUCUGGUUCCAAUGGAGAUGGGGUGAAUAUAAGUGCUCCAAAUGGCAAUGGCAAUGGAAAUGGUCUGAAUUCAUAUGGUCAACCAACACCCAACCACGGCACCUCAACUCAAGGCCCUUCUAUCAGAGACAGACUGAAGAUCGUCCCAGAUUUUCCCGUCUUAUUGCCUAUAACUGGGACCCAAUACAAUCCACCUCCAUACCCAGUGAUGCCGGUUCUACAAUAUCAUCCAUCAGCCCUGAUAUCCGCUGUACCUUCCCCACCAUCCACAUCCACAUCUACAUCUACAGCUACCGUAUCUCCUUUCAUGGAUCCCGCUACUCCUCUAACGGUGCCUACUCCAUCAUCACCACCGGUCCCCACUUCACCUCCAAGGACCAUCGUUGUUUCUGCAGAACCUACAUCUACAUCAACCCCCAAGACAAAAACUGACAGAUCAUCUGCACUCACAGACCGCGAAGAGCGCGCUAUAGCCAACAUGCUAACCCGGUUCCGAAAUCUGGUGCAGUUGGCCGCCAUGCAGAAGGAUGACAAGGGGGAUAGCGCUACGCAGGAAGUAGCUGCGACGCAAGCCUUCGCAUUGGAAGUUGAGAGCGCUGCGCUGGUACGAGGAGCGGAAGAUUUACUUCGACUUAGUCGAGAGCUGAAAGAGUUGUGGCUUUUUGGACCGCUGAGGGGUAUUGGUGAGGGAGAAGGAGAAGGGAAGAUUGAUGAGGAUGCUACGAGGGUCGGGGAACUAUUAGAGGGGAAGUUAAGAAGUGAUGCUGAGAAAUCUGCUGCUGGAUCUGGAAAUUAA